CAACCUUGGUCCUUCUUCUCUUCUCUACUCCUCUUCACCUUUCCCUCUUCCCUCCCUCUACCUCCCUUUUCACACUUCUGUUUUUUUCUUUUUUGCUCUUGGCUGUCAACUUGAAUCAGGAGCGAGAAAAGCUGCGAUUUUUAUCGGUCGGAUUGUUUUCAAUUUUGGCAAGCAGAGGAAUCAUGGACAGUGCCGGAGGACCGGAAGUGGGACGGUGGCCGGCGUGGCUGCGGCCGCUGCUGUCGACGAGCUUCUUCGUUCAAUGCAAGCUCCAUGCGGACUCUCACAAGAGCGAGUGUAAUAUGUACUGCCUCGAUUGCAUGAAUGGCGCUCUGUGCUCUGUUUGCCUUGCUCAGCACGGCGGCCACUGCGCCAUCCAGAUAAGGAGGUCGUCCUACCACGACGUGAUCAGGGUGUCCGAGAUCCAAAAGGUAUUGGACAUCACCGGCGUGCAGACCUACAUCAUUAACAGCGCCCGUGUUGUCUUCCUCAACGAACGCCCUCAGCCGCGGCCCGGCAAGGGCGUCACGAACACCUGUGAGGUCUGCGAGCGGAGCCUCCUCGACUCCUUCCGCUUCUGCUCUCUCGGCUGCAAGAUCGCCGGCACCGCCUCCGACUACUACAUUAACAGGAAGAAGAAAAAGAUGCUGAAGCUGAAGAAGAAGUCAACUGCGCAAUCCGACUCCGAGGAGGAGUCGUACACGAGCAGCAGCCGAGGCAGCGAGAAGAGCAAUGUGAUUCAGAGCUUCACGCCGUCGACUCCUCCGCCUACCGCCGCCAUUCUCCGCAGCGCCAAGAGGAGAAAAGGCAUUCCCCACAGAGCUCCAUUUGGAAGCCUAAUACUGGAGUUCUAAGCCAUUGCUACUUACUACACACGAUAGAAGCAAUCAAAUAAAAUCACUGUCUCUCAGGAAAGGCAGAGCAGAUGAAGAACCCUUUAAUCGUAGCUGAUAAAUGUAGCUGUAACUAUCUGUAUCGUAAAGGUUUGAGAUUAUACGCAAGAAUUAGAGGAGGUUUUGCAUAGAUAGAUAGAUUGUAGAGUAUAAUAACUCAGUGUACAUAUUUUUGGCAGAAGAAGCUUGGUGUUUGGAGUUUGGUGCAUGCAGUAGCAUACGCCAUGGAGGUUGCAGUAAUAAAAUGCUCCUUGUUCUA